UCUCCUGCUUCUUGUGCCUCUGCAUGAAAGGAGAGUCCUCGCGUCCGUGAUGGCAAAUCCGAUGAAGAAUGGCCAGAUCCUUGUUCCACUCUCGCUUGAAGAACACAGGCUGCAGAUCGAAAGUCCAAGUUCUUCUCAUCGGUCGUCUUCUUUGACCUUUGUAUUCUCCCUCUCGUUGGCAGUUGCAUAUUGAAGAGAAGAAGACGACAAGGGCUCCAUGCUUGCCUUCAUCACACAUUCUGAUAUUGGGACAUAACCUUUUGUGCGAAAUCGGGAAUUCUUCCUGAUUUUCCCAUAGACGGCGCCAAGUGAUAGUAUUGGGGAAAAACGGGUCCUCUAUUCUCUUCUCCUUCUAUCGUAUAUAUAAGGACAUUCCCCUCAUGACAGUUACAUGAUUGUCUUGUGUCUUCUACAGGAGAGGAACAUUGGUUUCCUUUACCAAACCUUUUACUUUUGUCAGGCUCGGGUUUGUCUGUUUGAACCUUUUCGGGCCCCCAUCACGGGUGGCCCCAUCAGCUCCUUUUCCCUUUCUUAAUUUCGAAUGCCGCUUCUUUCUUUCUGUCAUCGUCCUCUCGCCGAAUGCAUCUUUGUGUAGGAAAAAGGAAGCGGAAUAUUUACGCCCACCAGUGAAAGACAAGCUCCCAAAGGUACUAGUGAUAUUUUCCUUUGAUGUUUUAUUGAACCAAUAAAUCGUGUGCUUGCUAGUAGGCAGAGAUUUAUGCAGAACAGUCCACAAGGGUCUGUGCUGGUAGGAGCAAUCGCAUAUGGAAAACUAUCAUCGGCUGGUCCUGAUGAAGGAAAGGAACCCUGUGUCUCAUCAGAUAUCUAAUGUUGUGCCACCCAUUAAGGUAGAGGAGGACAAGGGAAAAGUUUCAUCUGCAAGUACCAAGUCAGUGGCAGAAUGUUUACAAGAGGAGAGAGAUGUGGAAUCUGCAACUGAAGGCUCGGAAUUCAUUGGGUCGGAUCUCUUUGAGGAGAACUUCAAAGAACUGAAGAAGUGGGUCGAUGUGAAUUCGCCCAAAUAUGGUAUCCUCUUGGUCUUACGAUAGAGGAGAUCGGGAAGCCUGGGAUCAGCUCUCAAGGCAUUGAACGACAUGAUCCAAGAAGAUGUUGAUCCUCCCAAGAAGAAGCUCUACGAACUCAAAUUCUCUUUACUCGAAGAGAUCGGGCGGGGGCACCUGGUAACAUAUGAGUGGACAUGGAUGCACGUUCGGUUCCAACCAAGCUUGCUAUUGCUUUAGGCUAAAGUCCUCGAGGAUGAUUUGCUUUAAUUAAUAAAAAUUUCCAAUAAGAUUGAAACAAAUGAUAUCAAUAAUUGAUAUUGCCUAUAGCUGGCACUGGCAGGCUGGCAGGAAGAAUAACUAGUUCUUUAACCUGCACGUUGUGCAGCCCCUUGCUUUUUUUUUUUUUUUUUUUUUACGUUUCAAUUAAGAUUUUGAAAAUAUAUUUUUAAAAAAUAUAUUAGAAUUGUAGCAUAACUUGUCUUUUGUAAAUUAAAUAUAUGUAUAUAUAAGUUAACUGAU